AUGUCGUUUCUACGGAUCCCGCUCCUGCUGGCCCUCCUUCACACCGCCUUUGCCUCACAACCCUCAGCUCCAUCUCCCAUCGCGGCGCCUCUGCGGGAGCUUCCCUGGGGCCAGCUCAACUUCCUCCACACAACCGACACCCACGGCUGGCACGGCGGCCACCUCCAAGAAGCACAGUACAGUGCUGAUUGGGGCAAUUACAUCUCUUUUGCCCACCAUCUCCACAAGCGAGCCGACGACGAGGGUAGCGAUCUGCUCCUCAUAGACACGGGAGAUCGCGUCGAAGGGAAUGGCUUAUAUGAUGCCUCCGAUCCAAAGGGAAAAUACUCGCUGGAUAUCGUGAACAAACAGUCCAUUGAUGUCAUCACUGUUGGGAACCAUGAGCUGUAUAAGAGGAACACCAGCGUGAGAGAGUUUGAUUCCGUGGUGCCGGAUUUCAAGGACUCGUACAUUGCUAGCAACUUGGAUAUAUUGCACCCCAAAACCGGAGAGAGAGUGCCUUUGGCGACGAGAUAUCGCAAGUUUACGACUAAGAAUCAGGGCAUUCGGAUCGUGGCUUUUGGGUUUCUGUUCAAUUUUCGAGGCAAUGCGAACAACACAAUCGUACAGCCGGUGCAGGAGACUGUCAAGGAACAGUGGUUUAAAGACGCUAUUCAGGAUAAGAAGGUGGACCUCUUCCUAGUAGCGGGACAUGUUCCGGUAAGAGAUAGUCCGGAGUUUGAGGCGGUAUACAAGGCCAUUCGCGGUGAAAACUGGGAUACGCCUAUUGCUUUCUUCGGAGGCCAUACACAUAUUCGAGACUACAGAAAGUUCGACAAAAGUGCAUUCGGAGUGGAGGCUGGACGGUAUAUGGAGACGCUCGGCUUCAUGUCCCUCUCUGGACUGAAUGCUGGUAAGAAGGAUGCCGUUAUCCCGGAAUCGUCGCCAAAGUUUGAGAGGAGAUAUAUCGACAACAAUCUCUUUUCGCUGCAUCAUCAUUCGGGCACCAACGGCUCGACUUUCGACACGGAACUGGGACGAAACGUCUCAGAGGCCAUUUCCAGUGCGAGGAAAGCGCUCAAGCUCGAUCAUGCAUUUGGUUGUGCCCCUCACGACUAUUGGCUCAAUCGAGCGCCAUAUCCUUCAAAUGACAGUCUGAUCAGCUUGAUCGAGGAGAAGGUCCUCCCAAGCUCGUUCAAUGGUAGCAAGACCCCUGGCAUUGUCAUCACCAAUACGGGAGCUCUCCGCUUUGAUGUCUUCAAAGGACCUUUCACAAUCGACUCUACGUUCCUCAUCUCGCCCUUCACGAGCGGUUUCCGAAGCUUCAAGGAUGUUCCGUACAAAGCUGCGACUCAGAUCUUGGACAUCUUGAACAACCAGGGACCAAUUCUUCUUUCCGACUUGGUAGCGCUCACAGGUGCCGAUGAGAAGUCACUGGCGGAUCUCUCACCACCAUUCGUUCCUAUGGGUGUCCAAAGUCGUUUACACGCCGAGCAACAACAAAGAUUCGCCUUCGACGACCUGAGCAAUGGCAACCAACAGACCGUCCUUGGCAGCAGCGAUGGAAGCAAAUCUCCUCAAGUGCCCGGAUACACUACCAACGAUGAUGCAGGCAGCGACGGCGACGACACCAUCCACCAGCCGAUCAGAUUCUACGAUGUUCCCAGCUGUAUUGGAGCUGAAAUCGCCUCCACUGCAACGGUUGGCACUCCGGAAAAGGUCGAUGUCAUCUACAAUGCGUUUCUAGAGGACUGGAUCGUUCUGGCUUUGAGAUAUCUUGGUGAGAAGCGGGACAAGUCAGAAGCCACCGAUGCACUUGGUGGGAAGACUUUGWCCGAUAUUUUGAGCGAUUGGGUUCAUGCCAACUGGGCUUGUGAGAAGAAGUAG